ACCGGGCCCGAGCCCGCGCACGAGCCCGACCCCGCCCGGCCCCCGUCCUUGGCGGCGCUCGCUGCCGCGCACGGGGCUCGAAAGAUGGAGGACUACGGGCGAUUCUUGGCGCUGCUGGCCUCUACGCUGCUGGUCGGCUUCGUGUCGGUCAUUCUCUCCCUGGUCUGGGUCUUGCACUACCGCGAAGGGCUGAGCUGGGACGGCAGCCUGGGGGAAUUCAACUGGCACCCCGUCCUCAUCAUCACGGGCUUCGUCUUCAUCCAGGGCAUCGCUAUUAUUGUGUACAGAUUGCCCUGGACCUGGAAGUGCAGCAAACUCCUAAUGAAAUUCAUACAUGCUGGAUUAAAUACCAUAGCUAUGAUUCUUGCAAUUGUUUCUAUGGUAGCCGUGUUUGAAUUCCACAAUGCCAAGAACAUUCCUAACAUGUACAGUCUGCACAGCUGGAUUGGGCUGACUGCUGUUAUAUUUUAUUCUCUCCAGCUGUUCUUGGGUUUCGCUGUCUUUCUGCUCCCGUUUGCUCCAGUUCAUCUCCGUGCAGCUCUCAUGCCAAUACACGUUUAUUCGGGUCUUACCAUCUUUGCAACAGUGAUUGCAACAGCUCUCAUGGGAAUCACAGAAAAGCUUAUAUUUGCAUUGAAAAAUCCUGCAUACAGUGCAUCCCCACCAGAAGCAACUUUGGUCAACUGUCUUGGUCUUUUGCUUGUCAUAUUUGGUUCACUUAUUUUGUGGAUGGCAAGCAGGCCCCACUGGAAGCGGCCCCCAGCAGAGAAUGCUAAAAUUCUGAGGCCCAUUGGAGCAACUCCUGAUGGCACAGAAGUAGAAUCCACACUGACAAAGCAUAGUAACGCAGAUAAAUCUGAUCUGAGGAGCAAUACUGAAGCAGCCAGAAAACAAAACAUCAAAUUUGAUGAAGCGGGACAAAGAUCAACUAUGUAAAGAAAAUACACAGAAUAAAAGUACUAUUAUACCACCAAAUUCCCCCUGGUUUGUGGAUGACUGGAACCAGCCUCACAUUGGUGUAUUUUUCCACUGUAGAAAAUACCUGCUUUUAAUGUGGAAUUCAGGUAUGACAGAAGAAACACUAACCUGAACUACUAAACUAUUGUGUGAGCACUCCUCCAGUCCCACUAUGUGCAAUGAAUCAAACAGUGAAGCAUGACAGGGGAAGUGAAUAAACGAGCUCGCUUGCGGUAAUUUACUAUGCAGCUUUCUAUACUGCACUCACACAGGCAACAGCAUUUUAAAUUGUUAUGUAUUGGCCUGUUACUGGGUCUCAUCCACCUGUGAAAAUGAGCUCAUUCAAUCCUUGCAUAGUACUAACUCACAUAAUAAAAGCAUAUGUUUGUAUGGAAGGUAGUCAGUUGCCUAGGGAUUGUUCUGGAAGAAAGUAACUGUACAGCGUACUGGAAAAAACACAGAAUCUAUGACUUCUUUUGUUACAGCACUGAGUUGAAUGUAUUGAAAUGAACAGCUUUUAGGUGGUUGGUUCUAUAUGCUGUUAAAUAACCAGCAUGCCUUCUGGUCUCCAUUGUAUUCCAUGUACUGUUCAAGGGAAAUGCUACUUGAAAAAAGAAUGGUGGCAUUUCUUUACUUCUCUAUUCUUAUGAAAUGCAAGGUACAAGUAACACCAAGGUUGUUCAAGUACAAGUAACACCAAGGUUCAAACCCCAUAUGGGCCAUUUGCUUAAGAGUUGGACUCGAUGAUCCUUCUGGGUGCCUUCCAAUUCCGACCAUUCUGUGAUUCUGUGGUAUAAAACUAACUGAAAAUCAAGGAUUAGAAACCUUUUGCCAGGGGCCUCCCAAAACAUAAUUUUAGUUUUUAACUUAGAGGUUAAACAUGAUAGUAGAAACUCUGCGGAAGCUGGAAGACUCAAUUUGGGGAAUUUAUAAUCAGUGAUAAUUCAUGUGCAUAAACUGUGGGAUUCUGGCUGCUGAUCCUUGGAAGGUCCCCAUGAGAUGUAGUAGCUGUGAGCUCCUAAACCUUGAUCAACCUUGGUGUGUGCAAUUUAAAACUGACAAAACAUACUAUAGACUUCUGGCUUAAUUCUAAAUUGAUUAAAAAGGCCUCUAAGUAUCCUUGCAAAAAAAUGAGGCUAGUUCAAUGCUAAAUAAAAAUGCACAGGUGUUUGCAGAGUAAUAGUCCUAAACCUGCUCCUCAAAGUGGUUUUCCAUUAAUUUUCCUUUCAUGCAAAUUUUCUUACCUGUAUUUAUGAGUAACAUAAAUACAGUAGCAACACAGAAAAUUAAAAAAGUGUAUGGAGGUAUGGAAGGUAGUACUCCAGCUUUUUCAUGGGCAUUUUUCCGCAUGUUUGGAAAUCAUCUACAUAGUUGUUUUUAGAGGAAAAUGAUUGUAGAGCUUACAUUCCAAGUUUGGAUUCCUAUAAAAAACCAGGAAGUUACAAAACGUAACACUGAAAGCGCUAUCUUCUUAAGAUGCCUAUAUUUACAUGCUGUCAUACGGUAUUAUGCACAGAAGCAGAAGAGUGUUUUUUCCAACAUUAAGGAACUGAGAAAUGAUGAUGCAAUUAGAUUCUAAAAUUGAAUGUAAUUACAUGUGUACUUCUUACUACAUGUAACCAAGAAUAUUGCAUAUGAUAAUGUAAAUAUGGAUUGCUUGUUUACAUGGAUAUUUUAUUGAGUGAUUAAGAGAUAUUGCCAAAUAUUUUCUAUUUCAGAAGUGUCUUUCUUUUGCUUUUAUUUCAGAAAAUUCCUUCCUCUGUUUUUAACAGUUCAUAAGAACCUAAAAACUUAUUUUAUUAUCCAAAGUUCUUAUUUGUAGAUGAGAGCAAAUAUUUAAUUAUAAUGUCUGUUUUCCUUAUUCUUUUUUAUAUAUUAAUAA